UGAAGCCCGCCUCUGUUGCUGCUCUUCUACCGAGCAGCUUCAUCACCCUUCGCUGCUACCAUCAAUCUUGAGUAUGGAGAAUCUCACAGCGAGCGAGAUUGCAGGAUUCGGGGUGGGGGCGCUUCUGUUGUGCGCCACCAUAGCUGCCCCAAGAGUUGAUGCCUUCAUCUCAGCCUCUCAGAGGAGGUCUUUGGAUAUGUGUAAGAGAUGUGGCAAUCUAAGGAUGAUAGCAUGCUCGCAGUGCAAAGGAAUAGGCUCAGUUAAGAAAGGAGGAGCUUUUGGCUUCAGAGUUCUGGAAGCGAUUUACGAAUCUCUGGAAGACAGAAAUACACCAAAACAAUUGGUACCAUGCAUCAACUGUCAAUCUAAGGGGCGCUUGCCAUGUCCUAACUGUUCCAAGCUUCCAGUUAAGCAAUUCACGAAGCUUCACAAUAUCCUCACCGUGUGAGUGCACACACCCUAAUGCUCAGAAAUCGCCGGAUUUGGUAAUGUUGAUGUCGCAAUUUAUAUAUUCGACAAUGUCGAUGUCUCAAUUUAUCGAAGAAAAUAAAUACUAGUUGUGAUGAUUUGAUGAUCUCUUCCUGUGCCAGCCAGUGUCAGAUCUUCAGUGCUUUGCGCAAUGUUUACUGCCUAGGAUGUGGAAUUGUUAGGCAGCAUCCACAAUGUGAAUUGAUGGUUUAACUUGCAUACUGAAGCAGUAGCUGACAUGAGACUGUCUUAGGAUUUCGUGGCUGGUAUUUAGUUUUACUUACUUGCAAAUCAUGUGCUAUAAACUUCAGAGGAUUUAUUACAGUUGGUCUCUAAACCAAGAAAUUGAGGGAUAUGGUGUUCACUCACAAUCCUGCAUGCUAUUGAAGUCAUUUUAUUUUGCAGAAACAUGCAUUUGUUCAGCUGUCUCUCUGCAACUUAAUGGCUUGUAGAUGAUAAAAAGUGUUUGUACAUGGUCCAUCUGAUUGCACAAAAGAAGACAUGAGUCCCA